UUUCGAGGUCUGCUUUCUGAGCAGGUCAUGAUGGAUCGAGCAGCUCUCAGACUGAUACUCUUGGGUGUCUUUCUCAUCUCAGCCAGUUCACAACAACCUGUAAAGAAGAAACAAAAUGUGGAUAUAUACAGCUUCUACAUAAACUCCACGGUCACCAGUCGCUACGCCACAACCGUCAUCACAAGCCGUGUGGCGAACACAGUGAAUGAAUCUCAAGAGAUCCAGUUCGAGGUCAAGAUACCCAAGAAUGCCUUCAUCAGCAAAUUCAGAAUGAGCAUAGAGGGGAAGAUAUAUGAUGGUGUUGUGAAGGAAAAACAGGAGGCUCAGCAACAGUACAGUCGAGCAGUAUCUCGAGGAGAAAGUGCUGGACUGAUCAAAUCUGUUGGAAGGACUUUAGAAGACUUUAAAACUUCAGUGACGGUGGCUGCUUUUAGUAAAGUGACUUUUGAGUUGACCUACGAAGAACUGCUAAAGCGUCGCCUUGGCAAAUAUGAGCUCCUCAUCAAUACCCAACCGAUGCAGCCGGUGGCAGACUUCAAGAUUGAUAUUCACAUACAAGAGAAACCAGGAAUUUCCUUCUUGGAGGUGAAAGGAGAUUUGAGCACCGGUGAUCUGGCCAAUGCCAUCAAAACCACCAGAGCAGACAAAGACGCAUGGGUGACCUUCUACCCCACUCGAGAUCAACAGACCAAGUGUAAAAGCUGUGGAGAAAAUGGACUGAAUGGUGACCUGCUUAUAACAUACGAUGUAGAUAGAUCAAAUCAUACAGGAGAAGUCAUGGUAUCAAAUGGCUAUUUUGUCCACUACUUUGCUCCCUCUGAUGUUCCACGUAUUCCCAAAAAUGUUGUUUUCAUCAUUGACCGGAGCGGUUCUAUGAACGGUAGAAAAAUACAACAGACUCGUUUGGCACUGCUAAAGAUUUUGGGUGAUCUUAAUGAAGAUGACCACUUUGGAUUGAUCACUUUUGACAGUGAAAUUAAUACAUGGAAGAAUGAACUCCUGAAAGCUACCGAGGAAAACCUGGAGAUUGCCAAAUCUUUUGUGAAGGAGAUCAGAGAAAGAGGAGCCACAGACAUUAACGCUGCAGUUCUGGCAGGAGUGGACAUGAUCAAUCGACAUCCACGAGAAGGAACCGCCUCCAUCCUGAUCCUGCUGACUGAUGGAGAUCCCACUUCAGGUGAAACUAACAAAGAGAGGAUAAUGGCCAAUGUGAAAGAGGCAAUUGGUCUAAAGUUUCCCCUAUAUUGUCUUGGUUUUGGAUAUGAUGUUAACUUUGACUUCCUGACACAAAUGUCAUUGGAAAAUGCUGGACUUGCUCGCAGGAUUUAUGAAGAUUCGGACGCUGAUCUACAGCUGCAGGGCUUCUAUGACGAAGUUGCCGUCCCUCUCCUCAGUGAUAUUCAACUUAAAUAUACAGGAGGGACAAACCUUACCAAGACCAGCUUUAGCCUGUACUUCAACGGCUCUGAGAUUGUGGUAUCAGGACAAAUCACAGACAACAGUGUGGAGAGUUUCACCUCUGAAGUCAUUGCAGUAUCAAAAGGCAAUAACGUGACGUAUCAGGAAACUGUAAUGGUAAUAGACCCCAGUGAUGCCUUACAUGAGAAUGAGGACUUCAUGCCGAGACUGUGGGCCUACCUUACAGUGAAGCAAAUUCUGGAAAGGCAAGUGCUUCUUAAAGGACAGGAGAAAGAGGAUGAAAAGGAAGAAGCUCUCAAACUAUCCCUAAAAUACCAGUUUGUCACCUCCCUCACCUCUAUGGUCGUCACAAAGCCACAGGAAGAUGAAGUGGAAGUUGCAGACAAACCCAAAGAGGGAGGAGAGGAACCCAGACCUCCAGUAAUGAGUUUGCUUCCUUCAUCCUGGAAUCCAGUUGCAGUGCCCGGAUUUAGUCAGUACGUUCACAGUCCCGGUCAGCCUGCUCCUGGUGUUUUAAGUCACCCCAGUCCUGGUUUUUUUAUGCAGUCCGGUCCUGGCUUUAUUAGUCAGUCCGGUAGCUUUAUUAGUGAGCCCGGUCCUGGCAUUAUUAGGCAGUCCGGUCCUGGCUUUAUUAGUCAGUCCUUGCCGGGACAGUCUGAUAAACUCCUCAAACUACAUCCACCUCCUCCUAUUCCAGGGAUCUAUGAUUCAUCUCAUGAUUACUCCGGUCUAUUAGUUCCUGAUCAAGUGCUCACUCUACAGGAGAGUGCAGCGGAAGAGAUUGUUUUAGCUACUUUGUCAGAUCAAAUGCCCACACCUCUACAGGACAGUACAGAGAUUGUUGUCCUUACUAUGCCAGUUCCAAGAGUUGGUAUCAAUCGGUUCCUGCUGUCGGCUGCUGGUCAGUCUAAGCCACUUUGUUUUGAUGUUCCUGCUCCUCAGAAACUCAGACUGCUACAGGAUUCUGCUUCAGAGUUCUCCAUGAAUGGACAAUUCAUGACUGGACGACAGGGAUUCUUUCAAAUUGCCUUUCAUUACAAAACAAACCAUCAUCUGACAAUAAACACAAGCUCCAUCAGAUAUGAAGAUGGCCAGAAUCAUCUUGAGUUUUUGUGGGACCAGGAACCUACUCAACACAAUACAGAGGGCGUGUCACUGAUAUUACGAAGAAACGAAAUGGACGUUACCAUGGGAAGCAUACGUGUUGUUAUUCUUCUUCACAAGGAAAAGGGUGAAGUGUUUCUGUGGCCUGCUGUUCGGCAACAGCCAAAAGAUGUCAGUUUGAGGGCCAUUUUAGGAAAAGCUGAGGCUUCAUAUGAGGAGGUUCAAGGAUCACAAACACCAACUCUAAAGAUAAUGGACCAGGAAGUGAAGGCGAGCUUGGAGGAUGUCACCGACUACACACUUCCUUCAACUCCAGUUAUCAGAUGUUGGCUUGUCCCGUUCCAGGCUGUGAUGCAGGGAGACAUUUCUGAUUUCACUGUCACUCAGCUGUAGAGUCUGAUCUAUCUAUCAUCUAUCUAUGAGAUAUUGUAUGUAUAGCAACCCUUUGAUUGGUGCCUUUUCAAUCAAAGUAUUGAAUGUGAUUAUUUCAUGUAUUUUAUGAGGUCAUUUCUGAUAGUAAAAUAAUGAACCAGCAACACACUUUUACAGAAUGUAAAGUAUUUACAAGUUAUAUAGAUAAUAUAUUUUGUAAAAAGCAUGCCUCAAUACUGACUUUUGAGGGGGUUGUAGGGGGUAAUAAUGAAUAUUUGGAUCAGUUAAUAUAAUUAAUUUAAUGUUUCAACCUGUUUGAUCCUGUGAACACUCGUGUUAAUUGUUUAUUAAUUCUAAGAAAUGUUAAUUUCCAGGGGAGGGAAAUGUCUGUCUUAAUGUACAGUACUACUAAGAGCCUGUAGUCAAAAUCUAAGUCGUAAAAUAAACUUUGUUGCUAGCAGAUUAUCAGAACAAA